AUGGAACGGUUGGGCACGGACUUCAACGCCACUGGUUCCGUCAUGAGCAAACGGGAACUGGAAGAACUCCGGCGGAAAAAGGGAGAAUGCGUCCGUUGCGGACAAAAAUGUUUCCAGAAGAAGCUCUUCAAAAUGAUUCCCAUUACGGAUCACGGCAAGGUGCUCAACGGGCGCUGUUUGGGUUGCAAUCCUCUGCCCGGGGACGGCGACGCCUCGGGCGUACUGCCGGCCGUAUCGCGACCCGCCACGAUGCAAGAUCUCCAACGCUUCAAUCGGUCACAGAACAAUCUCGUUUUGCCGCCGAAUACCGCUAACACCGCUACCGGGAGUGUUGCCGGAGGAAGCGUUUCGGGGAGUGCAAACGGAGGGGGGUCCCGGUCCAAUUCGUCACGCACGUUUACCCCCAUGACGAACACACCGACGGGGAGCCACAACGGUAACGUUGGUACGGGUAAUUCUUCCACUACACCCCGUCGCAGCGCCCCUCGGGCAUCCUCUUCGCGGGGCUUGAUCAGGGGACAGUCGGAACGUGCCAGGGCAUCGUCGGGUACGGCCGCUUCGAUUACCACCGCCACGGGACGGUCGAUGGAGAGUCUCUUGCAACAGCAAUCGGAAGAAGUCCGAUUGGAAUCGUCACAGCUAACGCCGUCAUCGUCGCACCCCGACCAAGAUCACAUUCCCGAACAGUGUCGUCAACAGUUGCAUUACGGGUCCACGGCAUCGCCGUCAACUGGUUUCUUGUCCCAACGUAGGAACGGCUUGCAACGUGGGGGUAGUUUUGCGCGGACCGGACGGGGUUCGCCGGAAGUUUACGGAGAGACUCUGUCCAUGUCGCGGAGUUGCUCCACGUCUCCGGCCAAUACACCAACCGGAUCAUCGCCGCGGUACGACAUGGAACACCGACAAAGCAGUGUCCGCAGUGGAUUGUCCCACAUUAGUUUGGAUUCGGCCUUGUCCGGCGCCUCCGCGAUAUCGUCGCCGCAUCCACACUGGCAACAAAUCGAGGAAAGUCCCGUCAAUAGGAGGAACAGUGUCAACACCAGUAUCGACGGCAGUAUCAGCAGUAGUGCACACGUGCGUCAAUCACCACACUGUAGCAAUAGUGGUGUCGAUACGAGUGUGAAUGGUUCCGGUGACUUGGUCCACACGGGGCCGACCACACACCCUUACUACGAGCACGACACCUUCGCGGUCCCGUCAUCGCGCGCUACGGAUACCUCCUACGAAUCGCUUCCAUCUCACCACAUCUCGACGGCGUCCACGGACGACGUAUCGGGAAAUGAUGAACUACACGAUGCACCAUCUCCUGUCACGGAACAGAGACCGGAUGUGGAUUUGCCACAGCAACAACCAGACACCAAUUUAACGGCUCAUCCAACUGCCGCAGAGCUUUUGGAUUACUAUCGUCGAACCUUUCGAGAAGCAUCCCAACGCUCGUUACAGCACCACGGUAGCAACGGUACUGGAUCGGUCGCUGGGGGCCGGAUGACUAGCGGGUCGCUGAGUGGCAGCGGUGGCCCCGAAACGACAGGAAUGCCAGCAGGGGAGAGCGAUCAUCUUCCUUCCCACGGUGUGUUGAACCGCGGCGGUGUCGUGUCUUUUCAGCACUUGCAACAUCAAGGGAAUCAAGCACAAGGUCCGCAGAGUCUCACUGGUACCGUCAAUAGUAGUUCGCAUCAUCAUCGACGUGGAAGUUCACGGCCCAGCAGCUCGCGAUCUUUGGAUUCGAUGAGUAGUUUUGGGGAAGAAGUGAACGCCAGCAUUUUGAAUAGCAAUGAUGCGGAGAGCGCCCCGAGCGAUACGAGCUUUCGAGAAAGCUCUGCGGUAUCACAAGAUCCUGGCGUCGCCCGCAUUCAACAAGCCGGUGUGGAUUUCGUUGAAGUUCUCAAUACUUUACGGGAUCUCCCGGACUCUUUGCGUACACAAACAGCUGGUUUGCACGUAUUGUCUGAAUUGACCCUGAGUGAAGAAGAUUCGGAGACGUUGCUCAAUAUUGGAGUGGUGCAGGUAAUCUUAGACGCAAUGCGUCGUUACGCCCACGAUACGUCUCAGGUCGAAUUGCAAACGGCCGCCUGUCGAGCUAUUCUAAACGUUACGGGAACGUCGGAAGCGCAAAUAAAUUUUGUGCAAAACCAAACGGUUGAACAUGUGUCCACCCUGAUGCAAAAUCUUUUGGAGAAUGCGACCGUGCAGGAAUAUGCAAUGGCAACCAUCGCCAAUUUGAGUGUCCUUGAAGCGAACUUGCCGAUUCUGAUAGAAGAACACUCGGUCACACGCAUUGUUGAAGCUAUGAACAAGCAUUCCGAAAAUCGUCAAGUCCAAAUAAAGGGUUGUUCCGCCAUUACCAACAUGGCUUCACACACGACGCCUUUGAAAAAGACCAUCAUGGACCAAGGAGGAGGCGGAGCUGUGGUCGUUUCCAUGGUGAUGCAUCCUGGCGAUGUCGAAUUGCAGGAAAAAGCACUGCAGGCCUUGCGCAAUUUGUCGGCAAACUCAGACGAGAACAAAAUGGAGCUAGCUCGCAUUGGCGGGAUCGAAUCAGUGAUUGGUGCCAUGCAAGUCCACCGCGACGAAGCUGGUAUUCAAAAAACUGGAUCCUGGAGCUUGUCCAACUUAGCCGGUUUCGUUGAUAACAAAAGGAUAAUUGGCGAGUGCGGGGGAGUGGACGUGAUUGUGCGAGCUAUGUGGGUACAUUCGGAUGAAGUAUCGGUUCAAGAAUGGUGCUGUCGAGCCUUGUUUACCUUGGCACUGGAGCCCCAGAACCGAUUGGUAGUUUUGGACGUGGGUGGGAUCUCGGCUGUAGUUAAUGCUAUGCAAGCACAUGUAGAUUCAUCGACGGUUCAGGAAAUGGGAUGUGCUGUCUUGUGCAAUCUAGCAACAGAUCAAGCAACCAAGCUUCGCAUUGUAGACGAGGAAGCCUUGGAUGCCAUCGUGUUGGCCAUGGUCCUAUUUGGCGACGAAAUCAAAGUACAACAGCAAGGAUGUCAAAUUUUAUCACAGCUUUGUGUUGCCGAAAACCUUAAAUCAUUACAAGCGUCAAACGCGGGAGAGCUAGCGCUGGCAGCGGCGCACAAAUUCCCGGAAUGCGACGCGCCAGCACAGUGGUUGUUGAAUUCGCUCGAAGAAUUUGCUGCUGCGUAUAUUGAGACUACGGAAGCCCACCAUUAG